AUGGGAACACCGCUGCAGCUCCGAGCUUCGCCUCCACCCUCUUCACCUCCGCCUCCACCGUCUUCUGCGUCGCCGGAAACCCUAGCUCCGACACUUGGUUCUGUCUCCAAGUUAGUCAGUGAGGUAGAGUCAAUGGCUGUUUCUGUAGCACCAUCCUCGUCGCAGCUAAUAACCAGCGGACCAAUGGAGACAAGCACUGAGAUAAGCUCCAUCAAGUCAACUGAGAGUAGCAAGCCACUAGAUGUCCACCCGCUGGAGCUCCGUUUUCCUUGGCGGCCAAACAGGCGUAUCAGAUGCCCUGUGACCAUAACCAACAGGACAGACCAUUACAUUGGUGUCUGUAUUAAACCCUGCUGCCCUGAUACUACAACCACCCUCGACCUCCAUUCUCUAGCUUUCUGGGAUGACAAGCGUCAGAAGGACCCAUGUUCACCCAUUUUUCGGUUGGUGGAACCGCAUUCCACUUUGGUCGUGACAAUGAUGGUGGAAGAGAAACAACUACCACCACCUCCGCAAGAAAUAGGGAUGUAUCAGGUGAUGUUGCUCGAAAUGAGAUCAGAGGAAGUACUAGAAAAUAUGAAAUCGUCCAAUGGUAGCAAUUUUAACAUCGCCAGUGAGUUUGUGAAGGGAGUAAGGAUGGGGAACGAUUGGCACCUUACAUUUCUUAGGGCUUCCAUUUGCGACCCAUCAAGUUGCCAAGAGGCAGUAAUCCACCAGUUGAUUCCAGAAACACUGAAAGAUGGGUACAUGACAUACAUAGAUGUACACCCCACAGAGACAUGGAUCUUGGUGGGUGACACAAAAGGAUGGGUUUCUAUUUGGAACUACCAGACAAAGGAAAGAGUAAUGGUCUUGAAGGUCACCAAAGUACAUACCAAUGAUGCGUGUUGGGUUUAUUCCGCUAAAUUUAUUGCUAGGGAGCAAUGGUUUAUAACUGGGGAUGACAACGGAUGGAUCCAUGUCUACUCCUACACUACAAAGGACAAGAUGACGGAAUUCGAAGCACACCAUGGAACAUUUCUUGAUACAAUGGCUGUUCACCCAACAGAGCCAUUAUUGCUCACAUCAACUCCUAAUGUCACCUCGAUCAAGCUUUGGAACUGGAGUAAGGAGUGGAUGUGCAUCCGAACAUUUGAUGUGCCCAACAAGCAGGUGUUCCGUCUCUUGUGGAACCCAAGAGACAGCAACACCUUUACUAGUGUUUCAUUGGAUAGAAAAGUUAAGGUCUGGAAUAUUGAUUCUUCAUAUCCUAUCACCACAUUACCAGUGGAGUCCAGCAGUGCUACCUAUCUUUCCUUUGGUAGUAAUGGGAACCUCAUGGCUACUGCUUGUUAUCGGAAGGCCUUCGUAGAAGGUUCUGAGUGUGCAUGGAUAUGGAAUUUGCAUGCGGAGAAACGUGUUCACAAACUUGGUGUGUGGGGGGACAACCAUUUUGUUGCUUGCCACCCAACGCUUCCAAUACUGGUCACCUCAUUAGGGUACUAUGUUGUUUGCAUAUGGGAUACUAGGACGUACAGGUAA